AGUUUCUUUCUUAACGAGACCCUCCGGGCCUGCAGUGCGCUCAGUUUCCGAGUCAACUGUGAACCAAGCGUGUCGACCUGUGUCCCUUCGUCGAGCUAUGGGGUAAAGCCCCCCCGUCCACUUAACCAUACUGUGAUUCGUUCGGCUACUGAUUCCUGCAUCAUUUUUUAAAUUAUAUUCUUCAGUCAAGACACAGACGAUUGCUAGCAGGAGUAACUUUGGCUGUCGCUUUCCAUGUAGUUAAUUUAGAAACUGGCCUGAUCAUCAGACACCGGAGAGUCAAGAGGCGAGCAAGGAGCCGAAGUACGGGAAAGUCGGGGGCGGCGUAGGAGGUUGCGGUGGCGCGGGUCGGCGACGAGGGGUCUCGGCGGGGGCCGGGGGGGUGCAUGGGAACCGGAAGAGGGACAGCGGGUACACGAUGAUGGAGUCGCACUCGUACCGCACGCACAUCUUCCUCAGCCCCAUCACCGGACCGCAAGAUGCCGAGGAGGACCCAGCCGCCGUCCGAUCUUCGUCCUCGUCGUAUGCCUUCCUCAGCUGGAGUAACAUGAAGCGCAAGCCCUCCCUCCCCGGCCGCACCGAGCCCGCCCCCCUCUUGCCCCCCUCCAACUACCCCAGCAGACAAGUUAGUUUCUCCGGUUCAGGACGGCCGGGUAUAUUCAAGCCUGGACAACAGUUGGCUCUUCAGCAAGUCCCCCGGGCAGAGCCAACCAACCUCGCAGGCAUUGAUAGAGACUGUUUCAUCAUUCCAGUAGCUAGCAUAGAUCGCUUUCUACCAGAUGGAGUCCCCUUGCCGCUGCCGCAGAGCACGUCCACGUCAACGGGGACCAACUUCAGCGUUUUGGAGGUGGACGACCCGAAACUCUGCGUCGCGAUCCACCUCAUGUCCAGACUGGAGCCCAUCGAACCGCUCCUCGAGUCGCCCCUGGCCAUGCCGCUCGCCACCCAGCAGAUGACCGCCAGGGACCUCCUCGGAGAGAUCGCCGCCACCAAGAGCGCCGCCGAGGGCAUCCUCCUCGGAAACAUUGAAAAAGAUGCGGAAUUUCCGUUCAUAUGUUACUACGUGGUGAACAAGAACCAGACUGAACCGAAGAAGUUCUUCAACGCGCUACGACACACGUCCCUGGGGAGGUUCGACCCGCACAACCUCCGCUACACGGCGUCGCACACGUUCGAGAUCUUCAACGAGGUGGCCACCAUCGCCAGACCGCCCCUCGACCCUAUCUCCAAGCGACCCAACUCCCCGCACACCGGCUACAUCGUCACCAUUUACAAGGUCUUCGAGGGGGACGACGGCGAGAAGUUCGAGAAGAAUUGGCUCUACUGGACAGGAGCUAGAAUGAUAUACAAGUCACUGCCAAAGUCGGUCGGUCUGAGGAGGAUAGUUCUACACAAAGGUCAAAGUCCUGGCGAUAAAUUAUACUUGCUUAUCGUGGAAUGUUCGCACUUGUUGGAGGACCUCUCCCCAGCUGCUGCCCUAAUUCCAGCCCUAAGGGCGCGCCUUUGCGGAUAUACUGGCCUCUACCGUUGCAUUAACACUUUUUGAUUUCCUCCACGUCAAUUUUUCGACUGAACCAUGUGUGUUCAUCAACUUCCUUCCCAUACCAUUCUGUGAUUCUAAUGGAGUUAGGCGAAAGGGCCCUAAUAUGAAAA